GAGGAUGAAGGUGAGGUAAAAAAGAUAAAAUGUAAAAACAGAAUCUGUUUUUGUUUUUUGGGUUUUCUUAAAAAAAACUCCAAUGAGGCAAAAACUGCAGAAAAUCCACUGUUCAGAUCCGGGUCGGGUCCAUGUGGUUCUGCAGAACCUUCUGUGUUUUCAGGACCAGUUUGUGGGUAAAACGCGGCGGAUGAAGCCUUCAGAACCGAGCCCAGGACAACAAAGCAGCCUGGGGCCUGGGGCUCUCCGCACCGACCCCCACACCUCUCUGCUCACAGCCCGGACUCAGCCUCCAUCCCCCCGCUGCACAGCCCCCCACACCGGCGGGACAAGAGCUAAGACCGAACCGGGACGGGCUCCGGAACCACCGAACCAGGAGAAGCUCCGCAGCGGCUCCAGCUGCAGCAUCCAGGCCGAGGAGCGUCCUCCUGUUGUUCCUCCACCGAAUCACAUCAACAAAGACCCGGACCACGUGACCCGCAGGAGACCACUCCCACAGACUGAGCCCAGCCCAGACCCCUGCAGGAACCAGAACCAGAUUUAAAUAUCAGAAAUAAACUAAAAACAGUUCAGUURUGCAGGAUUUAAUCUCAUUUAUUCAGCUGYUUAAACCCGGGAUUAAAGAGAUUCUGUUUUAGGUCUGUGGAAGGAUUAAGAGCAGUUAGUAUCUUACCUGCUGCAGAUAGCUCAGUGAGGUCAGACAUGUUGGAUCAGUGUUUGAUGGAGACAUGAAAUCUGACUGUAAAAGUACUGACUGUGGACCUACAUGACAGGAAAUGGACCAUGAUGCAUUGUGCUCUUACAACCAGCUAACAGAUGCUAAUGCUAACGUACACAUCUUGUUAAUUAAACUUUUUUAAUUGAAA